AGCGCUAGUGUGGACAGACUCGGCUCCCAGUGCUCGGAGCUAGUCCCCUCCUCGAGGUGGAUUACCAGGACCACUGGCACCCGAGGCAGCGCUUUGAACUUUGUAGUGUAGACAUAGUCUCAGUCGGUUAGAUCAGACCAAGAGCAGCUGCAGUGACUAGGCACUGAUGCCUGUGCCUUUAAGACCCCAGCCCUGGGAAGCCGAUGCUGAGAGGUGCUGCCUGUGAGAGGGGAAAGAAAAAAAGCCCGUUCGCCCCCUACCAUUUUUGCAAGCACCGGUGUCUCCGUGUACUGGGGUAACUCUUACCCCGGGCUGGGUUUUGCCCUCUGACCGGGCCUCACUCCGAGCUGAACUCCACCUCCUCCCCGUCCCGAUUUUGCCCUUAGCCCCUCUUCUAAUGCUGCCUCCAGCAGCUUGACCCUCCCGAUCAGCCCAUUUCCGCCCCCUGCUCAGAGCCUGGCCACCCCCCUGCUCCGAUUCGCCCCUUUUUAACCCCUGUCAAUAGCAGUCAGCAGGAUCCUAGGGCGGAGAAGGGCAGCGGCUUCAGCAGAUGUUACCGAGCAUGCUCAGUGCACGUCAGUAGCACUUCCCUACGGAGAGCUCCCCCUCCCCCCCGGUUCCCUGCCCCCCACUGCCCGCCCGCUCGGCUCGCGCCCUCCCCCACAACUCGUGCAGGAGAGUCAGAGCCAGGAGCAGAGCCGAGGCAGGUCGCCUGAUCACCCUCCUGCUCCCCAGCAGUCCCUGGAUUCCUGUGCUUGUCUGAGCGCUUCAUUGUAACAUUUGAUCUGCCCCCCCCCCCUCCCCCGCUGCAAUUCGCUCCCGGAUGGCGCCUGCGUAAUUAGGCGGCUGCUCAGCGCAAACCCUCCCCGCAGCAGGCUGCGGCUGGCGGAGCUGUAGGCGCCGGAAGCGGGCGGGCCCGUUUGCUUUCAGCCUGUGAUGCCUGCAGAACGUUUCUGUCUGUGCUGGAGCAGCCAUGGCCGCCAUUGAGCCCGAAACUGUGAAACGGCUCCUGGAUCAAUUUAUUUGCUCGAUCUGCCAGGAUUACUUUACAGACCCGGUGAUUACAGACUGUGGCCACAACUUCUGCCGAGUCUGUAUCAGUCAGUGCUGGGACAAGUGUGAACCCGUCUGCCCUGAGUGCAGGGGAGCAUGUUCGGAGAGGGAGCUAGUCCCUAAUGCGCAGUUGGGAUGUGCUGCCCAAGAGGCCAAAGGGCUGUACUCCGCAGCCCCGGGAGCACCACCCACAGACGAUGGAGUUUGUCAAACACACAAGGAGGCGUUCAGAUUCUUCUGUGAAGAGGAUCAGAUUCCAGUCUGUGCGGUUUGCAGGGAGUCCCAGGCUCACAAAGCUCACACUGUACUUCGCGCGGAGGGUGCUGCUCAGGAUCACAAGGCUAACAUAAGGCCCAAGACCAAGAGCAGGUGUGAUGAAGAGAAGGAGAAUUUUCUGAAACCAAGCAAAACGAAAGCAUACAAGCCAGAUCUCCAGCUGGGUAACUACAGGAUCCCUAAAGAAAGAGUUUAUCAAGGGUGCAUCGUAGUCCUCGUGCUAGCAAUUCUCGCUAGUGUUUUUAUUGGAGUGGGAAGAUCUAACUCACCUCUGGCUGCCAAAGAACCCGACGCCCCCAACUGCCCAGACGGCUGGGUCGGGUACCUGGGGAAGUGUUACUAUUUCUCAGCGACCGAAGGGAACUGGACCUACUGCCAGAACCACUGCUCUUCACUUAACGCCUCCCUGGCUGUGACUGACACUUUUCAGGACCUGGUUUUCAUGUUACGAUAUAAAGGCCUCUUUGACCACUGGAUUGGUCUCUGGAGAAAUCAAGAAGAGCAGCCCUGGAAAUGGCCCAAUGGCACUGAAUUCAACAACCUGUUUGAAAUCCAAGGAGAAGGUGACUGUGUUUAUCUGAGCAAUAACUAUGCCAGAAUUGUCAGUUGCGGCUUAGAGAGACGCUGGAUCUGCAGCAAACGGGAUGGAUAUACUGCGAGAAAGCAAAAUGCCCCGCACAGGAACUCGAAGUUUUAACAGCACUGAAAAGUGAUCUGUAAAGGGGGAAAAAAUAGAGCUUGUUUGUGCCCUUUACUGUAUCUCUGUGAUGUAUAAAGAGAACCCCUUCCUUUCCUUAAAAAAAAAAUAUCUAUUCUGAUUAUUUUUAGCGGGAAGAAUAUCAGGAACACUGACAUUUUCAAGACAGAGCCAGCGUUUUACCCCAUGUUGAGCCCUGUAACUUGUGUUUGGUUAAAGCGUCUUUACAAAAGCAUCAUGCAAAUAAUCCAUAACAACAGCCCCAAAGCUAGUUAUCACUCCAGUGCAUACAGUCUUUAUAAUCCCAUGACAUAUAGCACAUACCACACUCCAGCAUCUUCCACUACACCUGGGUUUGUCCAUCUGCCACACCAACCACCUCAGCCCUUCUACUCGGAGUACAACCCUGCUCUUUCCAGCGGGAAGGAACCUUCACAGCCUCUCUGCUGGGAAUUCAUCCUUGCCAGGAGAUAGGGUGACCAGACAGCAAGUGUGAAAAAUCAGGAGGGGGAGGGUGGUAAUAGGUGCCUAUGUAAGAAAAAGCCCCAAAAAUUGGGACUGUCUGUCCUGUACUGGUCUGUGAGAGACCUUGGGAGACAGGCCAGUCCUCGCUUACAGACAGCCCCCCAACCUGAAGCAAAUACUCACCAGCAACUACACGCCACACCACAAAAACACUAACUCAGGAACUAAUCCCUGUAGCAAACCUUGUUGCCGCCUCUGUCCCCAGAUCUACUCUAGUGACACCAUCAGAGGACCCAACCACACCAUCAGAGGCUCAUUCACCUGCACAUCUAUCAAUGUGAUAUAUGCCAUCAUGUGUCAGCAAUGCCCCUCUGCCUUGUACAUUGGCCAAACCAGACAGUCCCUACGUAAAAGAAUAAAUGGACACAAAUCGAACAUCAGGAAUGGUAACAGACAAAAGCCAGUCGGAGAACACUACAAUCUCCCUGGACAUUCUAUAACAGAUUUAAAAGUAGCUACACUUGAAUAAAAAAAACUUCAGAAACAGACUUCAGAGAGGAACAGCAGAACUAAAAUUCAUUUGCA